AUGGAUCCUCACGAUUUGGAGAAUCUAAAUACGGCGCUAGACCAUGAAGCCCAACUUCGAGAGAAAAUCAAGGAACAAGUUGUCGAUCUCGACAAGAAAGCGCGUACGAUGGUUGGGAUGCUCAACAAAGUCCAUUCGAUUCCGUAUUCCCAAGUUGCCGGGUUGGUAGAUAGCGUGUAUCUUGUCCUCAGAAGUACCAAUGCCCCACACACUGCUUUAGCGGACCUUGUCCCUCCCAACCAAUUUUGGAGAUGGAAAGACAUGUGGACAAAUUCACUUCGAACCAGCGUUUUUGUAGCCGCUUUCUUGGAAUAUCUAUCCAAGGGAACCUUGAUCUCACUGGCGUCGACAUCCGAAGCCCUUGGAAUCCUUGAUGAAUGGAAAGAUCGUUUCACCCUGCCCAUUGAGGACUAUUUACACGGGCUAAUUACGCUUGUGAACGAGUUGUCGCGAUUGGCUGUCAAUGCAGUCACUUUAGGUAAUUUCCAGGAGCCAGUCAGAAUAUCUAUCUUCGUGAAAGAUAUAUUCGCCGGAUUUACAAUGCUAAAUCUGAAAAACGACCAACUGCGUCGGAGGUUCGACAGUCUAAAAUAUGAUAUGAAGAAGGUUGAAGAAGUCGUUUACGACGUUUCCUUACGGAAGCUGGCGCAACCUCCGGACCCACCGUCUGGUUGAGUUACGAUACUUUUGUUUCAAUCCGUAGUCUGUUCUCCGUUUUCUUUCCCUGGCGCUUGUAGUGGGUCUUUGUUUUAUCUCCUAGUUUCUACCACGACUCUCGGGUGAUCAGGCUUCCCAGUAACAGACUAGUCACUUACUAUACGUGACGCCCGGAAGGUGUGUCGUCUAAGGGGUAAGAUGGUACCCAUUACUCGGACGAGCCAGGGCCCUGAUCAUGGUCAUCUGCACGAUGUACGAGUCGCCAACCAGUCUGAAUGGCAGUCACAGAGACUUCCAUACUUCAUUGAAAAUUUCUUCACGAACCUGAUGAAUUACCACCAAUGAUGCAUCCAUCUUCAUACAUUUUCUGGAAUGUUCAGGGUUUCACUUGGUAAUUUGCAACGGCUCGGGUUCGAACUAG